AUGGCUGUCCAUGUGUGGGGACUCGUCUCCAUAAUUGUGUUCUACUUGCUUAUCUUCAUCCUUGGGAUCUGGGCGGCGUGGAAAAAUAAAAAGAAGGGGAAGGAUGCGACGAGUGAGGAUGUCUUGCUCGCAGGGAGAAAUAUUGGGGUAUUUAUAGGUAUAUUUACUAUGACAGCUGCAUUCUUUGUCAAAAAGAUGCGCAAAGGCAAUAAUGUCACUAUGCUGGAUCCCUUCAACCGAAAGUUUGGUAAAAUCAUGACAGGUUUCUUGUUCUUGACGGCUUUUACCGGGGACAUAUUUUGGUGUGCUGCAACUUUAUCUUCAUUAGGUACAACUCUGACCGUGGUUGUCGGGUUCGACCACUGGAUCGCCAUCACGCUGUCGACAGCAGUGGUCCUGAUAUACACGUUGUUUGGAGGACUUUACUCGGUCUCCUACACUGACGUCAUGCAGAUGUUGUUCCUCUUUGUAGGCCUGUGGCUGGCCAUUCCGUUCGCAAUGUCCAACCCCCUGAUGACGUCACUAUCAGAGACAACAGAGAAGUGGGUAAGGACAGUCCCUAACCACGAUAUCAGCACUUACAUAGACAUACUCNUGUUCCUCUUUGUAGGCCUGUGGCUGGCCAUUCCGUUUGCAAUGUCCAACCCCCUGAUGACGUCACUAUCAGAGACAACAGAGAAGUGGGUAAGGACAGUCCCUAACCACGAUAUCAGCACUUACAUAGACAUACUGCUACAAAUCAUGAUGGGAGGAAUACCUUGGCAGGCUCUGUGGCAGCGAGCAUUGGCGAUGAAGUCAUCGAGGUUGGCGGAGAUGAUGUUGUACGCAGGCGCAGCAGGAUUUGCAGUGUGCACAAUCCCGCCUCUACUCAUAGGGAUGGUGGCAGUGUCUAUUGGAACGCCACAGCGUACGACGGAGCACUUCCGUUUCCGACAGAUGACCUAA